UGGGAAGAUAGUUUCGGUCAAGUUCGCUCAAAGCCGGCGAUCUAUGCAGUAUGCAUAGCUGCAUGCCGUGUGGUUACUAGGUCGUCUCCUACGCAGCCAACAUCCUUCACACUUCUCAGCAUUUCUCAAUGUGCCCAGCAUUUGAGGCAGACAAAGUCGUGAAGAGGUCCAGAAUGCGUGUUUACUCAGAAGCUUUUCUUGGUGUCUAUCACAACGUCGUCCUAUAUCGGUCCGAGGAGAAAGUGUACAACAUCUGCCCGAUGCCAGGCACCGCUGCAAGCUAUCCGCGUCCUCAUGCACCUCUCCGAUACCAAAAAGAUAGCAUCCACAAGUGAUGCGGUUAAACAUCCAAUUCUGUCCGUCGACGAUCAGUUCCAUGUCGCUGGAUGGCAAUUCUGGCGACUCCACGAUAAUACCAAUUUCAACUUCAAAUCUGUGCUUGAUGGAUUCCCAGUUGAUAUAACCAAAAUACUUCUGACGGUAUAAUGCAGCCGCUUCCGCUACGGUUUUACCGCUCGAAACACGAGUCUUUCUUCGUCCUUGAGCUUGAGCAUGAAGCAAGUCGCCAUCAUGAAUAUGACAGAAACAACGAGUGGACAUUUUGGAAUAUAUUUGCUCCACUUGCGGACAGGAACUUCCACGCGAGAUUGCGCAUGACAGUCGCCGAAUCUUCCAUCAUAUUAUGAGCCUUCGCAAAGGUGCUUAUGGCGGAAACUCAAUGCGGCGACGAAACUCCAUGCACCGUCUCGAAGAAUCUUCCAGGAGCUCGAUCCUGCGAGCAAUAUAAAGUUGUCUGUCGAAAGCACAUUCAUCUUUCCUAGAAGACACCUUUAGGUCUGGACUAUUGAGGUUUCUGUACACAAUGACGAGCGUUCUAGUCACUCUUUUAAUCAGCCUUGCAGGCUUUGUGCUGAUAUCUGCAGAGCAGCGUCCAGUCGUGCAUAACCGACUUGUCCGUCGUUGUGACAAUGAAACCCAGCCGUGGUUUUAUGGGAACGACACCGAUGCCCCGUCGCCUUGGGGAGUUGAGCAUUCUGGAACAGGGCAGUCUCAGCCUACGGGCUAUCCAUCUCACGGACCUUGUGGAGGUGAAUUCGGUGGUUUCCCAUGUCCUUCCUCAGGAUCAGGGAUCGUUCCAAGUGCGACUUCUGCCAGCGACAGCAGUUCUCGGAGCUUCAGGAUCAGUCCAGAGCAGAGUACAUUUGCUACAACACCGCCUUUCUCAAAUGAGCCGGCAAUUUCAGCCAUCAGUGGGAUACCAAGCUCUUCAACAAGCUCGUGGUCCGGUAACGUGACAUCUACUACCGGCAAUACUGCAUUUACACCAACAAAUUCUUUGGUCAGCAAUGUAACAAUCACUUCAGGUGAUAGUACUCUUCCGGCUCCUUCCUCCCAAUCGAGCACUUCUAUAUCAAAUGGAACAAUCACGUCAGGGCCCAACAUCUCCUCAACAACCACCACAACGCUUCGGUCCACCACAACGAUUUGGUCCCUCCCUCCCUUCAAUUUCUCUUGUUCAUAUCUAUCAGGCUCAAGCUGUGGCCCACGCAACGGCACAUACUCGGUGUGGGCCACAGGAAGUCCUACAGAUAGUCCACUGUGGACCAAUGUUUCCUCAUCAGCUUGGGGAUAUACCUCACCAGUUGAGACAGCCACCUGGUUUGAAGGCGAUAGCACUGUGAUCACUGUCACUAUGGAGGCUACUCCAGCGCCAAUUACACCGUCCCCAAUAACUCCACCACCCGAGGAGAUCACACUGACAGCCACUGUUACGGGGAGACAUAAUCAUACCUCGUCUGCAACUUCCGGCCAGGCCACGACAGGCCUGAGUGGCACAGGCUCGGAGAGCAGUUCAACAUGGCCCACAGAGUCUGCAGCCAUCACCAUGACAAUUGUGAUAGGCAAUAAUACGACGAGCAUUGUUUCGACAAGCCAGCCAUUGGUCUCUACGACAUCAUCUUCCAACUCGUCUAUCAUCUCGGCGAUAUCAAAUUCAGCAUCCACAGAUAACUCGGAAUCCCAAGCGAUGCCUCCUACGGACUCAGUGUCACCUACAUCCUCACUCGUGACAUCGUCGGCUGGUAAUGCAACAUGGACGCCAACCUCUUCCGUUUUGCCAGUGCCCUCAUCUGCUCUUAAUGCAACGGCAUCUAGCACCGACAUGUCGCCGAGCAACUCAACUGCAACGGGGUUAUCUAACACAACCACAACGUCAGCUAUUAGCGGCAACUCGGGUCUUCCACCAGCGAGUAUAACCUCAUCGCCGUACUGGACCAAUGCAACAAGCAGCGCGCCGUGUUCCCUGACCCCUUCAUAUCUAUGGAGGGACUGGAACUGGACCACGCCGUCGGCAUCGACCUAUCGUGACAAUUCAAACACCGCGAACAGUACCCCCACGUCGACUGGAAGCCCAGGAAGCACGUCUCAGCCGACCGCGCUCGCCCCUUCUAACGCCACCAGUGAGGCGUCACCUGCUUCCUCGACAGAAGCGUCGCCCACAGGUGAUAACUCCACCGUGGCCUCCCCUGGCUCCCCCCCGGACAUACCUACAGCCAUCCCUCCAUCGCCCGACCAGCAGACCAAUGGCACGGCAACCCCGACCACAGGCGAUUGGUUUGCAAUGAGCACCCUCGGCGACGGGAAUGUUCUGACGACGUUCGUCACGCACUUUGGUCCCGCGCUGUCUGCCUCGGACUCGAGCUUCGACGCCGCCGCUGUGAGUCCUUCAUCGCGGGUGGGGCAUCGUGUUGUCAUCCCGCCAAAGAGGAAGGCUGCCUGGGCGGAUAUGGAGGAUGCCUGAUGAUCAUGUUUUCCUCGCAAGACAGACAUCGAGAAUCCCGGCGAGGUCGGCAAUAGUAAUGUUACCCAUUAUUACGAGGAGGACGCAUCUAGCGCCCCAGUCUCGUGGGAGGACAGUUUUGGAGAAGGCAUAGUGUAAUAUCAUGACCAGAUACUUUGGGCCAAAUUUA